GAUGAUGUCGCGGCGGAAUGAGGCGCGGGCGGGGGCGGAGUGCGCGGGCGCCCGCUCAGUGUGUCGGCGCGCGUCGCCGCCGACAUGGGCAACCAUUCUUCCUCCCACGCCGCGCACAAGACAAGGAAGAACGUCCACUGGAAGUCAGCAGGACGGCCGACGGCGCCUGGUAAGCCGGAUAUAAUUCCACUUCAAUCGGAUGAUGAGCCCAAUGCGAUAACAUUAAAGUGGGCGCCACCCGCCCAUGACGGUGGCGCACCGCUGCGUGGUUAUCAAGUGGAAUGUAACCGGCUUGGUUCGAUAGACUGGGUGCGCACCGCCCCGCCCGUCGUACUACGCCCCGAGCUGCUGCUCACAGGACUCGAGCCUCCGCAUCGUUAUCAGUUCCGAGUAGCAGCAAUAAACGCCGUAGGUCGCUCCGAAUACAGCGAACUCUCCGAUGUUCUCACGGUUAAUACCGAUAGCCCAGUUCAGCAUCCCCCCGUAUUCCACCAACAUAUAGAAAACGUCACCGCACUUGAAAAUGAUAAAACGGAAUUCCGAGUGACUUUCUCAGGCUCACCUCCCCCCACGAUAGCAUGGUUCAAAGACGAUUAUGAAAUAUUUAGCAGCAGACGAACGACAAUAUCUACAAAUGAAUCAUCGAGCGUACUCGUUUUUUAUCAGACUCUAUCUAGCGACGAGGGAGAAAUCAAGUGCACAGCGACGAACCGCGCCGGUCACACGGUGUGCAAAGCGAAGCUAUCACUGGAAGCUGCUCCGAAACUACGCUAUCCUCGUCAGUACGAAGAUGGACUACUAUACGAGAUUAACGAAACGGUAUUCCUCAAAACAACCAUCGUCGGUAAGCCUACCCCGGUAGUGGAAUGGCGGCACGACGGGCAGCCCUUAAUCGUGGACGAUCGUGUAACAAUAACUAACACACCAAAGUUUUCCAUGUUAAAAAUAAUUUCUGCACGUCGGAGCGAUCGCGGCGAGUAUCAGGUUCAUGCGAAGAAUAAUAUCGGUGAGGAUACGGCUGCCUUCCUCGUGACCGUGACUGCCCCUCCUGACGCCCCUAGGAAUGUAUUAGUAGCAAGACAGGUCGAUAAGUCGGUGACAUUGGGAUGGGAGCCGCCCGCAGACGACGGAGGCUGUCGUAUCGGAAACUAUGUAGUCGAAUACUAUCGCAGUGGGUGGAAUGUUUGGCUGAAGGCAACUACGAGCCGUAAGACAAACGUCACACUGUUUGAUCUAAUUGAAGGCAGUGAGUAUAGGUUUCGUGUAAAGGCCGAAAACCCAUAUGGAAUGAGCGCACCCAGUAAAGAGUCGGUGCCAGUGAAAAUUCCCGGUCGCUCUGUGGAUAUGGAGUUCCUAGCUGUAGAGUCGCGUAUUAUAAACGAAGCAAUGACGCGAGAGGGAGGCGAGGAGGUGCCCGUAUCGCCGGCGCCGAGGCGUAAACGGGCCGCUGCCUCUUCGGUGCAGGUACCAGCUGCGGCCACCGCCUCACCGGCGCCUCUUAGAAAACAAAAACGAGUGUCCGUUCCUAACGAAGCCACGAGCAACGAGUUCAUGUUGGUGCUGUGUCCAGACAGCACCAAAUCAAACGAAAAAUCCGAAAAAAGGAAGUCGUUUCAAUUAGAUCUAGAAGACUCGCUAUCGCCUCCGCCGAUAUCAUUGUCGGCUCCAGAGCUAAGUUCGCGAUGUGUGAUGCCUUUCAAACCCCUUCGCAACGCUGUCAGUUCAACGGAAUUACUUCACGAGCGCGCCAUGGCUCGAUUUUAUAAAGCAGUUGCUUUGAAGGAGCAACAAAGUAAACAAUUAGAUGAAAAAUCACUCUCACUCGAACAAAAUCACAUUCCGUACAGCAACAGUAUUGAACAAACCGAUACCGACGCCGGCGCGACAGCAACAGAUACGACUAACAAUAAAUUAACUACACUCGAAGUUUUAACGAAAUCUGAAUCACUUGACAGCAAGGAUAUCAAGUUCAAUCCAGCGCCACGCCAAGAUUCUAUCAAUUCAGACAAAUGGCAACAUAUGUCGUUCGACGAAGAUUAUACCGCUAGUACUGUAUCGACGGAUGGGGACUAUACUGACGAAGAAGAUAAUAGUCUCAAUGAAGAAUUAGAAAGGGAAGGUCAAUUAAUGGAAGAAGAGGAAACCUACAACCCAAGGAACAAAGUUACACGACCUUCGUCUUCGGUUAGUGAACCCAUAGAAGAGGAAGAGGAACCUGAAACUGAACCUUUGAAACCUUUAUUAUUACCAGACCCCAAUUUUAUACCGAAGCCAAUAUUGAAGAAAAGAGAAACCGACGCAAUAGAUAAUAAAACUAUUGCAUCAAAAACUAUAAAAGAAGAUAAGUCUUUGCAAAAUAAACAAAAGAAAGAUGACAAAAUAAAUUUGUUUAGUAAAAUUACAAAGCAAAAACCUUUUAGUUUUCCUAAAAUGCUAAGCAAAAAACAAACUGAUAAACCUUCGCAACCAAAUGCACAAGUAAAGGAAGAAAAGUUAAAAGUAGAAGCAGUUGACGAUAAGCUUAGCGACGAAGGUAAAACGGUUAUCGAUUAUUACGGUAAUAUUGUAAAAGAGUAUGGUAGUCAUAAAAAGGCAAGUACGCCUCUCUACCUUAACACAGAAGAUCUGAAACAAGUCGCAGAAAAACAAACGAGAGAAGACAUUAAGAAAAAUGACAUUGUUCCAAAAAAGAAAAAGGUCGUUAAAAAAGUACAGAAAAAUAAAGUGAAUUCAAUAAAAAUACAAAACCCCAAAUCACCCGAGAAAACAUACCAAACGAAACAAGAUCUUUUGGAAAAACAAAGGACGAUUUCCGACAAUACAGAAAAGUUCAAUUCUAGUACACUUACAACUGAAAAACCGCAAUCGAAUGAGACGCGAGUUCUGCUUAAAACGACUGAACGAGCAACUGUCGUGAUACCUAUAGAUUAUAAAAAAAUGGAAGAGAGAGCUAAAGUUAACGUUAGGUCAGCAAUUGAUUACACGGUUGAUGUUUGUUUAUUACUCGUAGCGUUCUGGGUUUAUUUCUUUAAAGAUGAACGAUUAGCGAUUCCAUUAUUAAUACUCAUUAUUUAUCGUCAAGUACAAGAAUCUAUCUUGCAGAAUAUUCCCGAAUGGAUUAACCGGUACUUGCCUCAGUGGAUGAAAAAGAAGACUUCUUGACGAUUUCCAAAAGACAAAGUGUGAUUAUUUGAUUGUAUUGUGAAAUAUGUGUGUUUGUGAGUUCUUGUGAAUUUCUUCGCUGAAUAAUUAUGUUUUUAUAAUGA